AUGCCCUGUUCCUCCAACCCCAGCGAGGCUUCAGCAGUAUUGGCUUUGAGGGUCGCCGAGUCCGAGCACCCCAGGCUGCUCGCCGCGUCCACUCGCCGCAAGGCGGGCGGCGCCAGUGGCAAGGCGUGCGGCGGCCGCGCCCGGGGGCAGCCGCCAGCCUCGCUGGCCGAGGCGCCCCUGUCGCCGGCCUCGCUGUCCGAGGAAGGGCCCUGGCAGCUCCCAACGUCGGCCCUGCAGCAGCCAACGCCGCCCGAGGAGGCCGGCUGCCGUCAGCCACAGCCGGCCGGGUGGAGCGCCGAGCCGGCCUCGCCGCGUCAGGCGCCCGCGAAGUUUGGCCGGUCCAGGGCCCUGGAGAUGGCCGCGCGGGCCCGGAAGGCGGCCGCAAGCGGAGAGCCCGAGGCGGCAUUGGCCUCCUUGCCACACUUCCCCAGCCUCGCCGCCGACGGCGGCGGCGAGGCCGAGGGCGGAGGCGGCGCGGGGGGCGGCGGCGAGGCGCCGCCAGAGGGCGGCGGGGCCGCGAGGGUCACGCUGACGUGA